ACAAAACAAAAACAUGAAAAUUUGAUGUCACGAAAACACAACAGAAAGCAACACUUUUCUCCUAAACAGUUUUGUUUUUCGUAAUUUCUCCGGAUUGAUUUCGCAAGUUUUGUGUUCAGUUUCUCGUAAACCAUGUUAAUCUUUAGUUGUAAAUUGAUGUGAUUGUGUGUGUCACGUUUACGUACCAGGGGAAACUAGUACCCGGAACAGAAUGAACGAAUCCGGCAGUGCAAACGAAUCGGCGGGAACAUCCCGCGGGUUCCUUAACGCGACCAGCUACUCGCUGAACGAUAGCGAAAUGCUGGACUGCGACGAAGGUGUCCUGCAGCUGAUGGACAAACCGUUCUCGCAGCUGGUGGACGGAAUGCAGCUGCGGAAGAACGAUCGCUACGCGGGCUUUGAUAAUAACGCUGGGAGUAGCUGGAUCUAUCCGACAAAUUAUCCGGUCCGGAAGUACCAAUACUCGAUAGUGCAGGCGGCGUUGUUCAAGAAUACGCUGGUGGUGCUUCCGACGGGGCUGGGGAAGACCUUCAUCGCCGCGGUGGUCAUGUACAACCUGUACCGGUGGUACCCAACGGGGAAAGUGAUCUUUAUGGCCCCGACCAGACCGCUGGUCAACCAACAGAUCGAGGCAUGCUACAAGAUUAUGGGCAUUCCGAAGGAAGAUACGGCCGAGAUGACCGGUAAGCAGCAGCGGAAGAAUCGGACCGGGCUGUGGCAGAGCAAACGGGUAUUUUACGUGACGCCUCAGGUGGUCCUGGCGGAUAUCAACUCCCCGGAGCAGAACUUCCCGAUCAACGAAGUCAAGUUGGUGGUGGUGGACGAAGCUCACAAGGCGAAAGGACGAUACGCCUAUACGGAGGUGAUCAAGGCCAUUGCCAGCACGAAUCGGAACUUCCGGGUUUUGGCCCUGUCGGCGACUCCGGGUCGGACCCUGGAGGACGUAGCGGAAGUGAUCAAGAAUCUCCUGAUUUCGCACAUCGAAGUUCGGUGGGAGAAUUCGAUCGACGUUUCGCCGUACACCUUCAAGAAGAACAUCCGCACGGUAGUGAUUCCACUGGGGCCGAACCUGUCCCGGAUCCGGGAACACUACCUUCAGAUCCUAGAUCCGUACGUGCGGAGGUUGCUGGAUGCGAACGUGAUAUCCGGUCACGUAGGAUCGCUAAGUCGGGGAUGGUUGAUCAUGGAGCAGAAGCGCUUCCGGGAGACCAAUCUGAUCCAGCGGCACCCGAACUACACAGCCAUCAAUUCGGACUUUAUCACCUGCGUCAGCAUGUACCAUGCGUUGGAGCUGUUGGUGCGGCACGGGGUGAGGGCGUUCUUGAACUUCUUCGAGGACGAGCACAAUCGAACGGAGGAGAAGUACUUCGUGGCGAAGGAUCCCCGGUUGAAGGCCUUUCUAGACGAGUUGCGGGAGGAGUACGGGAGGAAUCCGUUGGCGAUAUUUGGGGGAGAUCCCGCGACGGCGAAUGGGAUGGUGGGGCAGCCGAAGGAGGAGGUGACGGACUUUGGCCAUCCCAAGUUUGCCAUUUUGGAGAGGAACUUGAAGGAGCAUUUUCAGAACAACCCGGACUCGAAGGUGAUCAUCUUCUGCGAGUACCGCGAGUCGGUAGCGAUGAUCCAGCGGCUGCUGCUGCAGAACCGGCCGCUCAUCAAGCCAAAGUGCAUCGUCGGCCAGGGCGGAACCGCUGGCGGUCUCCGUGCUGUCACGCAGAAAGAGCAGAUCGCCGCCAUGAAAGACUUUCGGUCGGGGGCGUGCAACACCUUGAUCGCGACCUGCGUUGCCGAGGAGGGCAUCGACGUCGGCGAGGUGGACCUGAUCGUGUGCUUCGACAUCGCCAAGAAUCCGACGAGGUUCGUGCAGCGGAUCGGACGAACCGGACGGCAACGCGUCGGUAGGGUGCUGAUGUUGGUAACGGAAGGGAAGGAGCACGAUACUCUGAAGGAGGUCAUGGCUUCGAAGGAUAAGACCAAUCAGAAGCUGUCGCGGAGCAAGGAGAUCCUGGGAAUUCUGUAUAGGCAAUCACCUCGGCUGGUUCCUACCGAGUUCGAUCCGAAAUGCGUUGAGACGUUUAUAAAAAUUCCGACUGAGGCCGAGGAGGAGGUGAAGAGCAAGAAGGGCCGUAAGAGGAAGAAUGAUGACAACCAGGUUGAGGAAGCAACGGCAGAAGUCGUUGAGGAACAGGAAACUCGGAAAAGGCGGAAGAAAGCUGAGGCUCCUAGAGGGACCCAAGACGUUCGGAAGUUUUUCCGGAAGGUCGACACGGAUCUUGAUGCCACGGAGCGCGAAGUCUUCUCUAGUCCACAAAAGAAGGAAGACGUCUCGGUCAACUCGCUAGAUACGUCCCGAGGGAGUUUUCGUGCGCCACAAGAUGCGUCUUUGAGGCUAGGGAAGACCGAUCAAGAACAGGAGUUAGAGAAGAUCAUUAAACCACUUCUGCGGCACAAAGCCAGGCUUCAUAGGGAGCAGUUCCUCAAUGAUCGCAAGGAAGUUAAACUUCGCGAAGAAAAGGUCUUCAAAUCCAUUCUUUGUUCAAACCCUUUGAAGAAGAUCUUCCUGGAAGCGAACCUUGGAUACCUGAGGGAAGCUAUCGAGAAAAGUGAAAUUCUUCAUGCAGCCGCAAGCGAUCAUGAAGAAGACGACCUCAUCGUGUUGGAUGAUCGCGGCGACUGUUUAAAGUCAGAGAUCAAGUCUAUCGAAAAUCUGUUUGACGGACGAACACUAUUGAAAGGUCGAGUCUCAGAAAUUGAAGAAUACAGCGCUGCUGUUGAUCGACUACGGCCUCGACAGAGAUUGAAACCCGUCGAGCUACCGAAAGUUUCUGACGAUCAGGUAGCGCAGUUCAAUGAAAUCUUUUCCAGGUUUUCAGGCCACAGCCUCAAAGCUAACGUAUUGCAUCACCUCCCAGACCCGGAACUUCCCAACUCCCCUCCGCCCCUUAACGUUCCUUACGAUCCCACAACUUCAAACCUCUUCGAUUCCCCAGCAUUCCUCCCGCCUCUUCAAGAUCCGGAGGGGUCUCGCUACCUUCCGAAUCCGACGGAUCCUCCCGAACCACCGCCACCUCCCGACGACGAAACCCCCGUCAAUCGCCACAAGGCCAAAUCGCGAACCGCUCAGCUGACCAAAAGCGAAAAGCAGCGAACACCCGCCGACUACAGCAACAGUCCGCUGCUGAGGGCGUUCAAUCGCUCGAUACAGAAGGCGAAGAACUCGGACUACGCCUCACCGCUGACCAGCCGGCCCAACUUUCGCAUGGUGUUGGAGUACUUCGGACUGGGUCAUCUGGACCAGAUGUUCGAGGAAUCGUCGGAUGAGCCACCGCCACCACCGCCGCCGGCAACGUGUGGAAAGAAGUUCCUCGAUCGCUUGCAGACCGUCGCGGAAGAGGAAGAACCGGCUCCGGUGGAGACUUCCCUAACGCAGCAAAUAGCGGAGUUGAGUAAAAGUCUUUUUGAUCUGAAGGAACUGGAGAUGCAAGCUCAGGAGGCGGCCUUCUUGGCCGGGGACUUUGAUCGGUCGUCCAAAACUCCGAAGGCGAUCACAGCGAGUGAAGAAAAGAAAGAUCUCACUAGCAAAGAGCUUGAAAUGAUCGAUGCGGACUUCAUGGAAGGGGAUUUUUCUGCCGUCGAACGAUUGAACAGUUCGUCGAAGAAAACUCAAAUCCCGAUCGACGACUUUCUCCGGGAUCACUUUCCUGAAGAUAAAACCCAAGCUGUGCCAUGUUCCACCACCUCCGUCUGUAGUACACGAAGUAGUGAGCUGUUUCCGCUAAGCUCAACCACUCGGCAAAAGAAGGAACUGGAGUUGGACAUCCACGGUUGUCUGGAAGAUCUGGUAGAUGGCUCCGAAAGCGAAGAAGCCGUCCCGAACUCGCAAGAACCGCCCCCACCAGCCAAUCCGAAAAGCCAAGCCAGGCCAUCUCAGUUGAAGAACCUGGUCGUGGGCAAUCUCGAGGAUCUACUGGCGGACAGCGAUGAUGACCUGUUCAAGAACAGCUGCGCUUCGAAGAAAUCCGCCGAUAACUCGGACCACACCGUUGACUACGAUUUCAAGGACGCUUUCGUCAGCGCAGCUUCCCAGAAAGAAAACAUUCCCGUUGGAUCGCUUCCUACUACGCCCAAGGCGCACAGGAAACCGGAAUCUAAACCUCAAACGUCGCCUCAAGUUGUGGAACGGUCACCGUCUCUUCUGCGCAAGAAGCUGAACUUCACUCGGCUUCGACUCAGCCGAACCAACGAUACCGGAACGCUGGAAGUGAACUCCGCGCCGUUGAUGCGGAAUCAAUCCGGCACAUCCCAUCAGCAGUCACCAUUUUUCGCUUCCUGCAGGCCGGGAGGCGAAGGAGUGGAAGCGUCUCGUGAUGAAGCCAGCAGUUUCCGACAGGAACUGGAACGGAAAUUUGGAUUCAAACAGCCGCAGCAGCAAGAUCACCUGGAAGCGUCCCAGCAGGAGAUGUCGAUGAUCGCGCCGAGGUCAAAACGGAAGGCGAUCGUCAGUAGCGAAUCGGAAGGGGAAGAGGCUGCGGAAAUCGCGAAGCGAGAGGAAAGUGACGAAGACAGCGAUGUCUUCCAGACGGCGCGAUCGAAUGCAAAGUCUUCGUCGGAGUUGAUGGGUCCUCCUCCUGCGGUAUUUCGACGUCCCGAAAAGAAGAGGACUUCACCGAAGUUUCAGAGGCCAGCUAAACGACGGAAACGGAAGGAGCGUCCGGAUUUCUUCCUGAGUCAAGCUUCCGUGUCAGACGAUGAUGACGAUGGGGAAGACGAGGAGGAAGACGACUACGGAUUGUCCCAGUUCGUGGACGAUUCCAUCAUCCAUCACGGGCCGGUGGAGGAAGACGAUGCGGAUGAUAUGAGGGCGAAGUACCUGCAGUCCGUUAGGAGUCCCAUUCGCCGGCCCGGUGGCUUCAAAAUUCCAGCCGCCCCGUCCCGGUUUAUCAACACGUUGGACAUCUACUCGCAGCCGGCUGAACGCCGCCACCUGCAACAGUCCAUGUACGAGAUGAACUCGUUCAUCGCGUCCGAAGAGGAGGACGAAGACCUGGAAGGAUCAGACGUAUCCGACGGCGAAGGCCGUCUCCCCUCCUCCCAAUCCACCCCGGAACUGGACGAACUGGAGCAAGCGGAAGCGAUCCUGCGGGAACGUCGUCGCGCCCGGCGCCUCCAGAAGCAACUGCCCAAGGCCAAACGGAGAAGGAAAAUAGUUUCGCUGAGCGAUGGGGAAGGUAGCAGCAGUUCCGGUGACGAGGGGGAAGAGCUCAAAGCAUUCCGACGGGCGAUUCACUCCGAGUUACCGUCCAAUUAGGCAUGUGUGAGUACGAAAAUCGAUCUGUGAAAUUGUGUCCUGUUAUAAAGAGAGAUUUUAAAGAUGUGAAA